AUGUCCAACAGAGACGCCAAUCUGCAACCUCACCAUUCACUGCCUGCACGUCCACCGCCAUCCACCUACGCUGCGCCACCCUCACGACCGAAUCAUGCUGGCCCCCGAGCCUUUGCUGGCUUCACACCCCGCUCAGUCGUCGCUCAUGCUCCUCCACAAGCAGCUGCGCCCAGGCCCAGCUACCCGCAAGCCUCUGUGAGCGCCCCAUAUCAGGCACCCACUUAUCCGGCCAGCAGUACUUACAACAACUACUCAUACCCAGCAUAUGCAUCAGCUGCCCCAGCCGCAUCUUAUCCCGUCGCUCCGCCCGUGACUCGUGGCGUUGCUGGUACUUUUGACCCCGAGGAGGAGGCGCGCAUCGCAGAGUGGACGAGCGCAUACAACAGGGAAGACGCGAAUACAAAAAAAGGCAGCAGCACAGCCGCCAGCCUUCGCCCCGAGGCCGCCGCAACAACCGACGUCGAGACGGGGGCCGCGACCGAAGGCAAAAAGAAGACCGUCAUACGCGAAGGAGGUGGAAAGCAAUGGGAGGACGAGACGCUACUCGAAUGGAACCCUCUACACCCCCGACUCUUCAUCGGCAAUCUCGCAGGCGAAGUCACAGACGAAUCCCUCCUCAAAGCCUUUGCAAAGUACCCCUCCCUCUCCAAAGCACGCGUCGUGCGCGACAAAAAGUCCACCAAAAGCAAAAGCUACGGCUUCGUAAGCUUCGCAGACACAGACGACUACUUCCGCGCCGCCAAGGAAAUGCAGGGAAAAUAUAUCGGCAGCCACCCCGUCCUCAUCAAGCGAGCGACGUCGGAAGUCAAGGCCGUUGUCAAGCGCGAGGAUAAGCACGACAAGAAUCGUGGCAAGAAUAGUAAGAAUAGGAAUCAUCGGGAUAACAAGGGACAUGCUAAUUCUGCGGCACCGGUUGCCGUGUCCCCGGCCAUGUUUGUGCCUCGAGGUGUGCAGAAGAAGGGCAAGGGGAAUGCGCCUAGGUUGCUUGGCUGA